GAGUCGCCCGAGGCGGUUUUGGCACAAAGAGCUCAGGCUUACUGUUCGACUAUCAAGGUCGUUCACUCAGUGACCCACGAACGACGCACUUCCAAUCAUCUCCCUUGCGACUGCAUCAGCCUGACGAGCUCACUUUCACGCAAGUCUCAGUCUGUGUUGCGGAAGCCAAACCACAAAGCAUCAAUUCAAUUCCAAACAUACUCAAGGUACUGUCGCUAUGUCCAAGUACCCUGAUGGAGACGGGGAUCUGCCCCCUUCAUACAACGAGGCAACGACAUCAUACCACUCAUCAUCGUCGCUUAACCCCGACCCAUCGGUUUCAGCGACCCUCAACAACCUCUCUUCCCUCCUCCGCGAAACACAAGCUCAACAGACCGCCCGCGACACAGUCACGACGACAACUCUUCUACCACUCCUAACGCCACACAUCACGUCACUCUUGACACGCCUAGGGACGACCCCUCAUCCAGCGAUAUUAACUGAGCUCUACCUCGUGCCGGCAGCAGCAGUUGGUUCAGAAUGGAUCAUUGCCUCGGAUGCCGACCCUAAGGCGGGACAGGUUGCGGAAGUCAUCCGCGUGGAACCGGAGGCCUACCCCGAUUCAAAGGGAAGGGGUGACACCAAAGGUCAAAGCACAGGCUCAUCCUAUGAAUUCGACGAAUGGGGCCGUUGGGACGAAAACACCAACGCCGGAUCGUCUUCAUCUAGGGAGGGAGAGUGGUGGUGGAGCGACGAAGGUCUGGCCCGGCGUCUCGCGAAGCGGCUACAGCCGGAGCCGAGGCUUGAUCGCACCGUCGUCCGCGCCGUGGUAGAACAGGCGAAAGAGGAUAAAAAGGCCGGCCGGUGGGGGCUUUUCAGAGUCGGCACAGAUUCGUCGUCGUCGCCUUCGUCGUCCUCAUCAGCCCCACCGCCUCCUCGACAGUUUAUUAAACCCACGUCCCCUUCCAUAACAUUCGAGGAAAAUGUUUCCAUGACGGUGCGUGCGGAGGAAGUUACCUUUCGCCGGGAGAACGAGAUGGGAAUAUGGGAGAGUAUGCGUGGGUUUGGGAUCGUGGUGAGAGUGAGGAUACGAAGGACAUGACACCCCAGCGUCCACCAGAUCGCCCAUGUUGGAAGAUUGGCAGGUCCAGAGACAGCUCUCUACCGACUUCGUAGUUCGGACUAUUUCUGUCGUCCGCUUCAAACCUAAUCGUCCGAACCGCAGCUCAUUGCUGACCAACCUCUCGUUACUCUGCCCUGAUGAGGGACUCCGGCUGACCAAUGGGAUGAACCAAUGCCAGAAGGAUGCAUCCCUCUCGUCCGAGAUU